ACUGGCUUGGCUUCCUGCCUGCCUCUUCCACACAAACCCUAAUCAGACUAAUCCUAGAUUCUCCUACAGGCGUGAUCAGCGUAAGCUUCGAUUUACUUUAGGGCGACGUCCAAUGGCGUCGGACCCGGCCCCGUCGGCGGACAAGUGGAUGAACUUCCUGACGGAGGCGAAUCUCGAUGACGACAACUUCGCGCCCGGCGUGCUGCUGCCGUCGCAGCCUGCGUUAGAGCAGGUUGCGUGCAGCGCCGAGGGUGGCGGCGGGAACACGGAGGAAUGCGACAAGACGGGGUCCAGCAGCCGGAAGAGGUCGCGCGACGAGUGUGCGACCACUGCUGACGUGUCGUGCAGCAAGGCCAACCGGGAGAAAAUGAGACGCGACCGCCUCAACGACAGGUUUCUGGAGCUCAGUAGGUCGCUGGAGCCAGGGAAGGCGCCCAAGUCUGACAAGGCGAGCAUUCUGUGCGACGCCGUGCGGGUGCUGAACCAGCUAAGGGCCGAGAGAGAAGCGCUCAAGGAGUCAAACAUUCAGCUCCAGGAGCAGAUAAAGGAGCUCAAGGCUGAGAAGCACGAGCUUCGGGAGGAGAAGGCCCGGCUCAAGUCAGAGAGUGAAAAGCUGCAGCAGCAGGUGCAGGGCUCAGCAGCAGCAGCGGCUACCCCCACCCACGCCACCCACGCCACCCACACCGCCACUCCCACCGCCGCCAUCCCUGUCCCCACCAUGCCGCUCCACCACUCCCCCCCCACCGCGCCCCCCACCCCCAUGGCGUACCAGCCUCACCCCCACGCCGCUGCCAUGCAGGCUGCAGCCGCCGCGUAUGCCGCCCAGAUGCAGCACUGCCAGAUGGCCCUAGGGACGCCCAAGGGGGCGCACAUGGGGGGCAUGCCCGCUCCCAUGCCCUCUCCCAUGUCUGCUCCCAUGCCCUCUCCCAUGCCUGCUGGCAUGCCUGGUGGCAUGCCUGGUAGCAUGCCUGGUAGCAUGCCUGCUGCUGUGUCCCAUGCUGUUGCUCAGCCGGCUCAGUUUGCUGCUGGGCCGCCCAUGGCCAUGUGGCAGUGGAUGGCGCCUACCUCGGUUGACACCUCGCAGGACCACAUGCUCAGGCCGCCUGUUGCCUAGAAGGUUACAACCUGCCUCAGGGUAACUCCUGCCUUGGAUGACACCUAGCGGGACCACACCACAUCCUCAAGGCUGUCAGUUGCCUCAGAUAACACCUUCCCUGGUUACACUCUGCAAAGCCGCAUUCUCAGUUGGCGUCUCUCAGUUAAACCUUGAAUAAUUGCAUGCACAGGCUGGAUGUCUGCGUGAAGGGAUGGUUUGGUGUGGCUAAUUUGUGGGUGGAUGAGGGAAGGGCAUGGGAAGAGUGAGCAGUGUGCUGAGUAAUACCGUAAUCCCCCGUAUAUAACACCCGCCGAAAUAGUCACUCCGCGGGUGGUUUAUGCGGGGGAGAGCUUAUGAUAGGGUGAAUCUAGGAGAGCACCCGCUUUUCGGGGGUUGCAUUUUACAUAACACCCUCCUCGUUUUAUGCAGCAAAGAACAAUAU